AUGCCUCAACAACUUAUUGGAUCCGAGUAUACCGUCUAUCGUUCCGGUGACGGUAAUGGAGGCUUCACCCCAACCACCGUCAAGGUGACUACCCUCGGUCCCCAUGACAUUCUUGUGCGCAUCACACAUAGCGGCGUAUGCCAUACAGACAUCACGUUUUGUCAGAUGGGUGCUCCCAUAGCUCUUGGGCACGAGGGUGUCGGCAUCGUCGAAGCCGUGGGAUCUCUCGUGACACAGUUCAACGUCGGAGAUCGCGCUGGUGGUGGUUUCCAUCGAGACGCGUGCGGCCACUGCAAGUAUUGUCUUUCCGGAAAAGACAUAUACUGCUACAAUCGUGUCAUCUUCGGUGAAGGCGACUUCGAUAACGGGACUUUUGGCAAGUAUUAUAUCGGAAAGGAGACAUACUUGCACAAGAUCCCCGAGGGCCUCGCCAGCGAGCAUGCCGCGCCUCUUCAGUGUGCCGGUGCGACUGUUUAUGCUGCUCUCAAGGCUACCGUCACCCCUGAGAAAAGGGUAGGUAUCCUGGGAAUCGGCGGACUAGGCCAUCUUGCUAUUCAGUACGCAAACAAGAUGGGUGCGGAUGUUAUUAUAUACAGCACGAGCACCAGUAAGGAGACGGAGGCACGUCAACUUGGUGCAAAGGAGUUCCAUCUCCUGGACAACAUGUUUGAUGAUGUUAAGGCACCCAUCGAUGUUCUCGUCAUCUGCGGAACUAAGUAUCCUGAUUGGGAUCGUGUCAUGGCAAAGGAAUUUCUCGCCAGGGACGGUGUUAUCGUCCCUCUUGCUGCCCCUGUACACGGACCUCUGAGCCUGCCUUUGGUUGGUUCCCGCAAUGUCCACGAUGAGAUGCUGGAGUUCUCAGCCCGACAUGGCAUCAAGCCCAUGGUUCAGAUCUUCAAGCAUGAGGGUGCUGAGACGAUCAGGGAAGUAUUUGAGCUUGUACAAAUGAACAAGAUGAGAUACAGGGCUGUUUUGGAGAUGUGA